AUGCUAGGAGUAUCCCGUUUCAAGCAAGUGAGAGACGGGAUUCGAAGUUCUCUCCUACGUCAGCGAUCGAAGAUCAGAGACGCCGCCGCGUUUGCCAAGGAAAGUAAAAUAAGGUGGGCCGGACACGUGAUGCGCUUUAACGACAACCGUUGGACCAGAGCCGUGAGCGACUGGGUUCCCCGCGAUAGUAAGCGCACUACAGGAAGACCGCCGACCCGAUGGUCAGAUUUCUUCACGAAGUCCUUGAAAGAAAAAUAUGAUGCUCUUCGUGUCCCACGCGAAAGGAGGAACCACUGGGCUACUCUGGCACGCGAUCGGGACAAAUGGAAGAAUUACUGGCGCCCGCUCGACCAGUUCGAAGAUCAACGGGAGUCAAGAGGUCCUCCCUUUCGAAGUCCAAAAUGCCAUCAUGCCGGUGAAGAACUCGGUGAAGACUACUUCACCCAAGCCUGGACAUCUGAAGUACCUCCUAAUCAUCACACUGGCGAGGCUCUUCACUUGUUAUCCGUCGGAAUUCAAUGGUCCUAG